UAUCCAGACUUGUUUUUGAAGGUUAUCUUGAAGUAGAGGGAAAGAAAGAAAGAAACAUCAGAAAUUUUGAAAGAGAAUGAUAGGUUGGCAUGAUGUAUACAAGGUGGUGGAGGCCAUGUUUCCUCUAUAUGUUGCCCUAGUUUUAGGGUACGGGUCAGUGAAGUGGUGGCAUAUAUUCACACCUGAACAGUGCAAUGCCAUUAACCUCCUUGUUUGUUAUUUCACUCUUCCUCUAUUCACCUUUGAAUUUGCAGCUCAUGUUGAUCCUUUCAAAAUGAACUAUCUAUUCAUAGGAGCAGAUGCCAUCUCAAAAGUCAUCAUUGUUGUAGUUUUGGCCUUUUGGGCUAAGUGUAGUAGUAAGGGAAGUUACUGUUGGUCUAUAACAAGCUUCUCUCUUUCAACUCUUACCAACUCUCUGGUUAUUGGUGUGCCACUGCUUAAGGCCAUGUAUGGUCAGACUGCAGUGGAGCUUGUGGUACAAUCUUCUGUUAUUCAGGGAAUCAUAUGGCUCACAAUUCUUCUGUUUGUGUUGGAGUUUCGCAAGACCAGGAGUAAUUCUAUUAUCAUCACUGAUUCUCAUCAUGCUUCUGAAUCAGUGAAGGAUAAGGAUGUAGAAAGAAAUCAUGAUGAUGAGCAUAAUAUGGUAGCAGCAGCAGCAGCAGCAAUAUCUAGACCACCACCUCUGUGGUCUCUGAUGAAGAUUGUGUGGCUAAAGCUUGCACUUAAUCCCAACUCCUAUGCCUGUUUCAUUGGCAUGGCAUGGGCUUUUGUUGCAAGCAGGUGGCAUUUAGAGAUGCCAGCCAUUAUUGAGGGUUCUAUAUUGAUCAUGUCAAGAGCUGGGAUAGGAAUGGCCAUGUUUAGCAUGGGGCUCUUCAUGGCAUUGCAGGAGAAGUUUAUGGCCUGUGGCCCAAGCCUAACAGUUUUUGGAUUAGUGCUAAGGUUUGUGGCUGGUCCAGCAGCUAUUGCAAUCGGUUCCAUCGCUGUAGGUCUGCACGGCGAUGUAUUGCGUGUUGUCAUUAUCCAGGCAGCCUUACCGCAGUCCAUCACCUCCUUCAUAUAUGCCAAGGAAUACGGGUUGCAUGCCGACGUCCUUAGUACUGCGGUGAUCUUUGGGAUGUUACUUUCCUUGCCAAUCUUGGUUGGAUAUUAUGCGUUUUUAGAGUUUUUGCAUUGAGUCUUCUGUACUGUUCUUCUCUGUGUACCUUUUUUUUUUUCGGGUAUAAAUUGGUUCGGAACCUGAAUUAGUUCUUUGUUGUUUAGUUUUUACCACCAAUAUCCCAGAAACAAAAUGUAAUUUUCAACUAUUGAUCAUAAGAUGAUGAUCAAGUGACUUAGGCAUCAUUUUCUUUGAA